AUGGAGGCCGAGGCGGGCGGCCUGGAGGAGCUGACGGACGAGGAGAUGGCGGCGCUGGGCAAAGAGGAGCUGGUGCGGCGCCUGCGACGGGAGGAGGCGGCGCGCCUGGCGGCUCUGGUGCAGCGCGGCCGCCUCAUGCAGGAGGUGAAUCGGCAGUUGCAGGGUCACCUGGGCGAGAUCCGCGAGCUGAAGCAGCUUAACCGGCGCUUACAGGCCGAAAACCGCGAGCUGCGCGACCUCUGCUGCUUCCUGGACUCGGAGCGCCAGCGCGGGCGGCGUGCCGCGCGCCAGUGGCAGCUCUUCGGGACCCAAGCAUCCCGAGCGGUGCGCGAGGACUUGGGCGGUUGUUGGCAGAAGCUGGCCGAGCUGGAGGGCCGCCAGGAGGAGCUGCUGCGGGAGAACCUGGCGCUUAAGGAGCUCUGCCUGGCUCUGGGCGAGGAGUGGGGCCCCCGGGGCGGCCCCGGCGGCGCGGGGGGCUCAAGCGCCGGGCCCACACCCGAGCUCGCUUUGCCCCCCUGCGGGCCCCGCGACCUGGGCGAUGGAAGCUCCAGCACGGGCAGCGUGGGUAGUCCCGACCAAUUGCCCCUGGCCUGCUCCCCAGAUGACUGAGGGCUCAGCUUCCUUCUUGUCGACGCCCGACCAGAUUGCUUCCCAAAGCGCAGGGACUGCGGUGGACCUCGGGACCUAGACGCCGUCCCCCCUCGCACGACGGGCCGCUGGCAUGGAUUUGGAAACUCUGGCACUGAGGAGGGCCCCUUGCUCUCGCUGGUGUGGCGGCAGGGGAACUGGAUGCUGGAGAGAAGGGACUUGCCGGGGACGGGGUGGGGGCUAAUAAACUGGAACGGAAGCAGA